AAGAGAGGUUCUUCUAGCAAAUAGCAUUGCCGUGUUUCCCUACGAAGGGAAGGGUUCGAGUUCUUCUUCUUCAUCAAUCAUCGUCGAUUUACAGACCAUGGAAUCAUCUGAAAACAAGAAAAUGGUUAGUGAUUCUGCUGAAACUACCUCAAAUACGAUCCUCUUAGACAAGGAAACUCCCAAGUCUUUGAAGCCUGAACCCAAAAUUGUGAAAAAAUCUGUUAGAAAGAAACCUAAACAGAUGAAAAAAGAAAAAUUAAUUUCAGGAUCUCAACCCAGAAACAAGGAUCCAAAGAAAACAAAUGGAGGAGAAGGAACUGAUACCAAUGAAAGAGAUGGUCAAGGUAAUGUAAGUUUGCCUCAUGGAAACAGAGAAGAGAAAAUUACCAAUGAGAAACUUGAAGAAAGAAGCACGUUGGAUCUUAAGGCUGGGGGAAGCCUUGGUGGAAUUAUUUUCAUGUGCAAUUCAAAAACCAAGCCUGACUGUUUUAGGUAUCAAGUCAUGGGUGUCACAGGAAGCAGACGAGACCUUGUGUUGGGCAUCAAACCUGGUCUGAAGCUUUUCCUGUAUGAUUAUGACCUCAAGAUUUUAUAUGGAAUCUAUGAGGCAUCUUCAGCUGGUGGUGUAAAGCUAGAACCAGCUGCUUUUGGUGGUGCUUUCCCUUUUCAGGUCCGCUUCAAGGUUCUCAAGGAUUGCCUUCCACUUUCUGAGGGUGUAUUUAAGAAGGCAAUGAAGGAUAACUAUGAUCAGGGGAAAAAGUUUAAGAUUGAGUUGACUAGACAGCAAGUAAAAAAACUGAUGCAUCUAUAUCAGCCCGCCCCAUUGUUGCAUUCAGGGGCAAAAUCUUCUGCUCAAGAUCCUUGGCCUGCACCAACCAUCUACCCCCAGUCAGUUCCUGCCCCAUUGUUGCAUUCAAGUGCGCUAUCUUCUGCUCAAGGACCUUGGCCUGCACCAACCAUCUACCCCCAACCAGUGGCAGCUAAUUUAGUUGAGCUAGCAUAUGGCCCGCUGUCAUCUGAUUAUGGAAUGAACCAGCUUGCGGGGCAGACCAUCUCCACCAGGGACAUGGUUUCUGGUGAUCCAUUUUAUCUGACUGAGAGAGAAUACCAAAAUCAUGGUCUUCAGCUGGAAAGGCAUAUGCUGACAACUUCUACAGCUCCUUCCUCACAUCUAGGUGCAGACGGAAUAGAUCAAGGAAAGAUGCAAAUUCAUCAAAUGAACCCUCCUACAAGUGGAUUUGCAAUGCAGAACGAAGCAGCAGCUGGUACUGAUCGGCUCUUCCUCAGUGAAAAGGAGUAUCGAGCCCAUGGUCUUAGGAGAGAACCUCUAGUGCCAAAGGCACUGGCAGGCCCUUCAGGAACUUAUUCUCUGACAGGAAGAGAAAUAUCUUCCAUAUAUGGCUCGAGUUACUCGGAGAAUGAUGCCAGAAACCACCAUGAGAGACUGCUUGCCAGUGGAUCAGAAAUAAUGUCCCCAGCAUAUGUUUCGCAUUCUGAAUUACACUACAAUCAGAAAUACCCACCUUCGGGCGGCCGACCUACAUCCCCAUCAGUUUCCUCUCGAUAUGCCUUUGGGGGCCCGUCCCUGUCAUAUCGCUGAGCAAAGCAGGAAGCCAUGCAUGUAACCAAAAAAAUGCUAUCGUCUGCCAUUGACAGAUGAACAAAAUGCAAACCUCUCGUCUUUUGUGUAAUGCUGUACGCUAGAUGUGUUCUUACUCUGGUUUAAACUGGUCGUGUUUAAGUCUGUUGGAAGAUCUAUUGGCGUGAUGAUGUUGCCCACCAAGUAUGUCAACUUUAAUUUUAUCAAUCUCCAGCUGGGUUUAGGUAGGACUUGCAGAGCUAUCAAAUUUUGAGCACCCCGUGAAUUGCUAUUUGAUCUUCUUUUAAUUAAAAGUCAUCAAUCGGAUUGACAGAUUCCGCCCUUUCAUUUUAAUUCCAGAAAAUUCUUACUCAGCCAGCCUCGUUGUUUUUGCUGGCAAUGGGCUUCUGAUAUCGAAGCUUGGGGUAUGGUAGUGUAGGGGCGUCGAUGGUUGGCUUUGGAAUGGCAUUUGAUUGGACACUUGGUUCGGCGGUGGCCCAGCAAUAAUGAAGUAAAUUUCGUUUUCAGAGUAGAACAGCCGUAAACUGGCUCACUCGACAUCAGACAGAUCAAACCGGCCUCCCCUAAAUGACGUCCGUCAAUCAUGCGGCAGCUUGUAAGAUAUAGGAAGCCCUGAAUGAACACUUCAAAAGAUAAUAAUUGAUAUUUAAUUUACACUUA